UUGUACAGAUAACAUCGAGUUUUUUUUUUUAAUUGCAGGUGCCAGUGGUACAAAGAUGUAUUUAUUUGUACUUAUCUAUGUUAGUUAUUUAGUGGCACCCGCCAUAUUUGCCGAAGACGUGAGCUAUCAAGCCUGUGUCGAUAAAUACUCCAGGAAAGGCUACCAACCGUGGCAGGAGUGGUCAGAUCAUUAUACCUGUCACCGGUACCGGUGUGAGAUACGAGAUGGGAAAUACUUCAUUGCAGCUGUUGGAUGUCGUAAACCCAAAAUUCCCGAGAACGCUUUGGAAUGUCACGAAUAUAUCGAAGACGAGAAUGUUGAAUUCCCAACCUGCUGCGCCCGGUUAAGAUGCGUGGUCGAGAUCAAUGGUGAACGAAUUGUUCAAACUAGAGGUCAACCAGGUGAACUUUUCCCGGACAAACCUUGGAAAGGACAACAGAAUGAGCCAAACCCAGCGGUAGUAGGCAUGGGUACCAUCCAACAGAAUACCAUUAGCAACGAGCCUCAAGGUCAACCAGCGUCUGGAAUGUUCAACAAUAGGGGCGCAGGCAAGCAAGCUAAGCCAACGAUAUUCCCGACAGCGGAUGGCAGCGAUAUUAACGGGCGGCGUUACGUAGACCCUUAUCCGACUCAACAAAUGCAAGACUCGCCAAGAAAGAAGAGAGCAACCGUCUACUCCCUAUUUGAUAGACGUCUGGCGCGCGAACGUGGGUCCUAUCAACCGCACCAAAUUAAAAUACACGGUUAUACACCGGAAAAAUACACUUCCUAUUUCUCAAAUAACGUAAAAGGGGUUUCAAACCCUAAACUGCUUUUUAAUUCAUCAUAAAUACAUUUAUUUACCUGUCACUACAAAAUAUAUUUUUACAUUAAAACGAUAAUAAAUCAAUGCAAUGAACUGAUAAGUAGUUAGAAUAUGUGUUC